AAGCCAUCGUGGGUCGGCAGGAGAGAGAGAGAGAGAGGGGUUUGUGAGAGAGAUGGACGUUUAUUUUAUAAUAUGCUAUUUGUAAUAGCAGCAUCACAGAGAGGGAGGUGAAAGAGGACAAAAUGCAGGAAAAACAGGAUUCUCAGAGCAGAGCCCCGGGCAGGAAGGCUCACCCAGCUCUCAAAGCCUUCAUGUGUGGCUCUCUCAGCGGCACCUGCUCUACGCUGCUCUUCCAGCCUUUGGAUCUGGUCAAGACACGGCUGCAGACCCUGCAGAACAAUGCCAAGCCGGGUGCACCAAAGGUGGGGAUGUUUGCCGUUUUCAUCAACGUUAUUAGGACGGAGAAUUUCUUCAGUCUGUGGAAGGGAGUCUCACCAUCAUUCGUGCGCUGCAUCCCCGGGGUGGGCAUCUACUUCAGCACCUUCUACUCCCUGAAGCAGCACUACUUCCUGGAGCGGGCACCCAACGCUGGCGAGGCCGUUCUACUCGGAGCGGGCGCCAGAGCUGUGGCUGGAGUCUGCAUGCUGCCGUUCACGGUCAUCAAGACGCGCUUUGAGAGUGGCUGUUACAACUAUGUGAGUGUUGCCGGGGCUCUGAGGAGUAUGUACGAGACGGAGGGAAUCAGGGCUCUGUUCUCAGGGCUGACUGCCACGCUGCUGCGAGACGCUCCGUUCUCCGGCAUCUACGUCAUGUUCUACAGCCAGACCAAGAAGGCGCUGUCUCAAGAGGUGACUUCGUCGCCCUACGCCCCGCUGGUGAACUUCAGCUGUGGGAUGGUGGCAGGCGUCAUGGCGUCUUUGGCCACACAGCCAGCGGACGUGGUGAAGACCCACAUUCAAAUCAGCCCGUCCCACUGGAGCACGACGGACGCUGUACGCUACAUCUACAUGGAGCACGGCAUGGCCGGGUUUUUUCGCGGGGCUGUGCCCAGGUCUCUGCGACGCACUCUGAUGGCUGCUAUGGCUUGGACUGUCUACGAACAGCUGAUGGCUCGAAUGGGCCUCAAAUCCUGAAGAGCAUCAGCGUUGAGCCACAAUAAAAGAGGAUGAAACAUGAGGGAUAAUGAUGAUGCACAUUAUUUUCUCACUGAAAGCCCCGUGAAAGACGAAAAGGGAGCCGAGGAGCUUGUAGAGACGGUGAACCAGCACUACCAAGAUUUUGAGAAGAGGACCCAGGUUGGAUAAAUGUGACAGAGUAAGAAUGAUGUGACUGUGUGUGUGUUGUUAUUAUUUAAAUGUUUGUGAAAAAUGUGCCAGUUUGUGUCUGUAAGUUUGCGAUUGUGAUGUUAAACCUGACACACUCUCUUAAUGUCAAUCUGGGCUGAAGUGACACUCCCUGCUGUGAAGUGAACUUAUUCCUCCUCUCGCUAUUUAUGUUUGGUCUGGCUGCCACUAAAAAAAAAAAAAAAAAAUGCCCUUGACAGCGGCUCUGUGGCUGUGCUGUGAUUUUAAAAUGCUGUCAAGACAAAAUGGGACUCUCAGCAAGCUGCUGUACCGUACAUCUGCUGAGGCGACCAAAAGCGAAGCACUGCAGAGAGAGGAGCUCUGGCUUUCUGCCAUGGUUUUGAAACUUGCAUAAGAUUCUUACUUGCCAAUUAACAAGCAGGCUUUGAUAUUUCAUUUGUUUCAUGCGCAGACAAUCACGAGUACUCACACAGCUGCAUUAUGGGAAGGAUAUCACAAUAAAGCCUUUGUUGCCAUACUGCUGAAAACUAUGCUAAUUUAAAGUUUAUAUACAACUGUGAUGCAUUGUGUUACUCAGCAUAGUGAAACCAGAUGUGCUUUUUAAAGAAGUAAUGACAGUCCGUCACAUCUGGGCUUAAGAAACGUAGCAGACAAAUAUUCAGACCUGUGAUGGCAUUUCAGUCAGAUCAGGAUUUUGCGUAUUUUUACCAAGUUUUCAGGGUUCAACAUUAAUGUUUUUUUUUGUUUGUUUUUUUACUUUUUACUUGCCCCUACACAAAUUGUUUCAUUUAUUAGUGGUUCUCAAAUAACAACAAAGGCUGAACUUAAUUUAUCUGCCUUGCAGGCAAACUGCGCAGUACUUAGUUGGAGUUUCACCCACAUCCUCUCUAACACCACCCUUCUAAACUCCUGUUUCCAGGAUAAUUGAAAUGCUCGCUUGCACUUAAGCUCAUAAACUUUGUCUUUACCCGCCGCCAUUUAAUGGCGAGUGCCCUAUCGAUACUGUGCAUGUGCAACUCUCAACAAAGAUGAGAAGGAAGCGAGAUGGCUCAAGAUUGAAGUUUAGUACAUUUACAGAGCACAUUUAAAAACAACUAAAAUUGACCAAAGUGCAAUACAGUGAUAAAACAAAAACAAUAAUAUCUAUAUAAGAAGGCUCACUCCUUAGCUGCUGCCAUCAUCAGCUUCUGGAGAAAAAACUGAGUUGAAUUAUUUUUUUACCACUUGCCCGAUUUACAAGCCCUACGUGGCAUUUUACUUGCACCGGGCAAGCGGGCAAUUCUUAUUGCUGAGCCCUGGUUUUGUCAUUAAAAUGCUUACAUUAUUUUUAGGAUAAAAACAGCAAUGCAAUUUGCAUUGUUUCCUGUGUUUAAUAAACACUUUUAUCAUUUCACUUUAUUUCUUACACAUUAAGUAAAUAUUUUAACGACAGGGUGAAAUUGCAACCUUUACUUCAGACUUUGUUGGAGUCAGUCUCCUCCUGUGAGCAUGUUUCCAGAACAUUAAGCUUGCAAGCGAAGCAUUGAAUCGUUGUGCUACUGUGUUAUAAAAGUUAUACAGAAUCCUUAUCGGUGCUGGAGAGACGUUUUCCAGCGUCUUCCUGGCUUUGUAAAUAUUUAACUAAAUACAGAAUUAUUGGUUGUAACAAAUGAAGGCCCUAUUUUUAUGUUCACUGUACAGUCUGCCCUUCGCUAUAAAUAUUAUUUAUUAAUGUUGAUAUAAAAAAAGAGGUGAUAUAUUGAAAAUGAUUAUACAAGUGUUUAUAGAAAUGAUGCCAAAUGGAAGAUCCCAUUAGUGGAGGAGGUCUGAUCAACCUGGAUCAUUACACACAGCCAAAGUGUAAACACACUGGAGAUUUUUGAAAGUCUUGGUAAGAUGACAGAAAGGUGACUAAUGUCCAGUGUGAUGAUGUAACGGGGAAGUUUGUGUAGCAAGAAUGACAGGAGUUGACUUCAGUGUUUCCUUUGUAUCUAAAACGUGCCGUAUAAUUCACACAGGGAAGUUUUACCUCGUUCAUUAUCUUCACAUCACACCACUCCUGUAGUCUUCGUUGAUCCUCUGUUGUGACUGUUUUGUUUAUGGUCAUUGUUGUUGUAGAUAUUUGGUCUGUGCCUGUGUUUACUCAGACAUACGCUGUGCCUGUCUGGUUUUUAAUGUCAAUAAAUUUUCCUCUUUUUAAAAAAAAAAAA